AUGAGUGCGCGCCAAUCCCACCGGCCGCCUUCCUCGCCAUCCAGCAGCUAUACAGGAGCGAAGGCAACGCAUACGUCUGGACCCGAGCGCGAGGAAGAAGAUCUCUCCAUCAUAUCCGGACUCACCUCUCUUGAAAAUGAAGAGGACGCGGAGGUCGACGACCUCGAUCGGUUAAUCCUACAGAAUGCGCGCGACGAGCGACGACUUCGCGACGCGCUGCGGGGCAAUGUCCAGCCCUUCCGAAAUGCUCGAACGCACCCUCGCGUUGGGUUGACUAUGGAGAAUUUGGAGAGACAUGCGGGCCAUACGAAUGGAGCUGUGGGUAUCAAGGGCCCGUCAAGCAGCAGUGGAGGAUCAGAUCCAGCGGUGCGGCCGCCGCUGGAAUGGGGUCGCAAAGCCAGAGUUAGAAGGAACUGGCUGCAGACAAUCACGGCUGACUCUGAAGGAGGACAGAUCUCUCAGGCAGAAGAGAUGGGUCGGGACACCGCAGGCGCAACCCCGCGACCGACAGAUGCUGCGGACAUACCACGAAGGUCGGUUGAAGACAGUCCCCUUUCGCACAAGAGCUCUCAAAAAGGGACGCCUGUGCACUCGCGCCGGAAGACUCUGGAUUUGGAACAGGAGCCUGAUUUCGACUUUACCAUGGACUUCAAUGAGGCAUCUCUCAUUGCUUCGACCCCCUACGUCCCGCGCAAUCCUACAUUGGACGACAUUCGCCAGAGGGAAAUUGAGAGCCUGAGGGAGCAGGUGGUAAACAAAAGCCGGCCUGCGGAGAUGCGUGAAAGUUCCCCUGAGGAGGCAUCCCACCUGCGGCCCAUGGUCACAGAGCCCAAACCGCCCACUGAAAUCGCGGCGUGUGCGGAGUUGCGCCUGUCCCUUUCACCUGUAUUGACAGCGAGGAGGAGGCCGGAGAGUCUGGGCGUGGCCGAUACCGGACGAGUAGAAUCUCGAACACCGAAGCCCCUGUCAACCCAAGAAGACUCCCACAAUCUACUCCGGCGACUCGCGAGAGCCUCGAGCAAUACGCCUAGUCCUGGAAGGAUCCCCAACCAUGGUAGCCAAUCAGUUCCAGCGCUGCCGGAGACUAGACGGCCAGCGACCAAGUCAGCCCAAACCGAUCACCCACCGAGCGGAGCCUCUGAAAUAUCGAAGAGUCUCGUUCUGCGGUCUACUCAUGGAGAACCAGGUGGCGCCGAGAACCAGUUGGAGGCGAGAACUGCAUCAGGUUCCGACCAACAACCUGUAAUCAAUGCCGCUGAAAUGACGCCUGCACCGGCAGAGUCGUCAGCACGAUAUGUCAAGACUCCCGUGGUAACGGGUGCCUGGAUUGAUACUCCAGGCCCUAGAACCAUCCGUCGACCGGCGGGGGAGACGUCGCAGCCCCAUGCAAAACCUGCCGAAAAAGACAGUCCGUCCAAGGGAUCUCCGCAAACGGGAAGAGGGAUCGAGGAGGCGAAAUCGCCUACCCAGCCAGCAGCUCCCAUUGCAGUGACUCAUCCUACACUCCCAAGCUCUGCAUUACAAGCCUUGGUCGAGGGAGCUAGGGGCAAGGGCAAGGGUGGAGGAGGGCAACAAGAUGACGAGUUGGGAGAUUCCACAAUCGAUUCCCUAGAAGAGUUGAUAGAAUGUGGCAGAGAGGAACACACUGGUGAUUUGGAUGAAGACACGUUGCAAGGCUUACAGCUGCCUACGGAACCUCCAAAGAACGAGGCAGAACGGCAGCGACAGAAGGAACUGGCUCAGCUCCACAAGAUGAACCAGAGACUGAGGGCGGCUCGAACGAGCAUUCGAGACGCCAGCCGUGGGAUAAGGCGCGUUGAGCACCAGGUCGAGCACAUUGAAGGGGAAGGGGAGAGGACCAAGGUCGUCCAACGCGAACUCGUGGACGCCCGCAGCCUCUGGGGAAGUACCUGGAAGGGCUUCAAGCGGUUAUUCUACAAACCGGAACAUCCGGGACGUCAUGGACUCACGUGGCUGAGCAUUGCGCUGAUUACCUUUUGGAUCUGGUUCAUCUCGGAGAAUUUGGCUUGUGAGAGGUACUGCCACAAACUCUACGCGUCCGAGAUGGUCGGAUAUGGAGUCGUCUGGGACGCGCCGCGCUAUCCGUUUGUCCUGCCGACAUUACUUUGGCGCAAUUUGGUCCGACCGGUUGGGGCGCCGAUAUGGAACCUGAUAGCAUGGCUGUAUGAAGACGAAGCAGUUAAGGAGCACGCGACAGCCACAGCCGGGAGAGCUGCAACGAGGAUUUUCAGGCAGAGAUACACGGGGGAAACGUUUGAGCCGGAUCUCAGCAUGGGCGAUGAUGAAAUCAUCUAG